CCAGUCCGCGCACGACGACGACAAUCGAAGUCGAAGCCACGCGACGUUACCAAAGUUUUACGUCAGCGCGAUCCCGGAAUUCAUACAUGUUGCCGAUUUGGAGGUUUCACCUUUUCCUGCGCGCGAAAAAAACACUUAUAAACCGCCAAUGAAAGUGCAAAAACAAAAGCAAAAGCAAGACAAAAACAAAAAGUAAUGCUGUACAAGCAAAAGAAAGCCAAUAAGUAGCAAUAAACGUGAAAAGUGAAAAGUGAAAAGUAAUAAUAUAACGGUUCAUACUUGUAGCACACAUAAUAACUCGUCCCAGACGCGUACUACCCGCAGUGACGUACCGAAACAUCAAGUACCCAUUAGUGUUAACUUUUGACCUCAACUGCACAGUCAGCACCUUUAACACUUAUCGUGCUUUCGGUUCAAUCCGUCUGGCUGCUGCAUUCGGUUGUUUUGUGUUAUUUCAAUAAAGCGUGAUUGAGAUAGAAUUGUUGUGAAACUUGCUGCUUGCACUUCCUCGCCGCUCAUCGCCGACACACUAGGCUACCGCUGCAGCUGCAACGCCGUUUAGCUGUGGAUCGGUGUGGCAAAGUGUGUUGGCUGCUUCAGCCCAUAAGAUCGCUUCGCACGACACGUUGACGUAAGCCAGUAUGUCAUUCUGCAUCAUCUUGUCCAUUCGCUUGAAACAACUCCCCGAACGCGUUUGACGAGCAACGGCAUUAACGGCUUUAACGCCAACAUUCAUAGCAUCCUGCGCCGUCGUGAGUCAUGGCUGUCACCAUCAUCGGUUGCAACAUCAUCAAAUCGUUGUUGCUAUUGCUGUUAAGUGGCCUGUAUUGCUGGCAGUUGGAGUCGCAGCUACGCGGAUCCUCGUUUAUGGUUGCCGCGUUCAUCAACGUCCGUCAAACGCGCGACAUCAUCAUUACAGAUGCGGUGCAACGCAUUCGUCGCGACGGUUAUCCGGUGGAAAAGCAUCACGUGCUGACCAAGGACGGCUAUGCGUUGACAUUGCAUCGCAUACCGCAAUAUAAUACGACGUCGACAACAGGCGCUAGUGCUUGCGGCAUAUAUUCGCGACGUCCGGUCGUUUUCUUGUUAGCCGGAAUUUACGCCUCCUCGGACGCUUGGCUACUGAACGGCCGGGAGAACUCAUUACCAUAUCUGCUGUGGCGUCAAGGCUACGACAUUUGGUUGGGCAACAAUCGCGGCAACAUCUACACGCGUCGCAACGUGUGGUACAAUGCCACGGAGCGUGAGUUCUGGAACUUCAGCUGGCAUGAGAUGAGCAUUUACGAUAUGCCCGCUAUGGUGGACUACAUCAUGCAAUGCACGGGCGAGGCGAAAAUGCAUUUUGUGGGCAUCUCACAGGGUGGCACCGUGUUUCUGGUGCUGAACUCAAUGUUGCCGCAAUACAAUGGCGUCUUCAAGACAGCACAUCUGUUGGCGCCGGUGGCGUAUGUGAGCAACACUAAAGGUGGGCUGGCCAAGAUUUUCGGUCCCAUAUUGGGUACACGCAACUAUGUGGCUAAGGUGUUGGAGGGCAUGGAGAUGGUGUCGACAAACAAGUUUGUGAAAAAGUUCCUCUCGUCGCUUUGUUUUGAGAACGAACGACCGAUGGUUUGUGUCAGCCGCCUUUGGCCAGCUGUGGGCUACGACACACAACAUCUAAACAAGACUUUGCUACCGGAUAUAAUGGCCAACUUUCCAGUGGGUGGCUCCUUCAAGCAAAUUAUGCAUUACUUUCAGGGUUACGUCUCGACGAAGUUCCGCCAAUACGACUAUGGUCCGGAGAAGAAUUGGUUGAUGUACAAUCAAUUAGAACCGCCCGACUACAAGUUGGAGCUAGUCACAGCGCCGGUAACAAUUUUCUACGCCGAGAACGAUUACAUCGUGUCCGUGGAGGAUAUUUGGCGACUGCUAAUGCGUUUGCGCAACCUACAGGCCGUCUAUAAGAUUCCACGUCGACGCUGGAAUCAUUUCGACUUCAUUUGUGGUCUGGGCGUGCGUGAGUUCAUUUUCGAUAAAAUUAUCAGAGCAGCAAACUACUACGAAUAUACAUAUAGUUGACGAUAACGUUUCGAGUUUCACUUCAAGAGUAUUUUAGUUUUUAAAUUUUAAUUGUGAUUUAUAGGAAAAAGUAGGACUUUUAAGACCGAGUUUAUUAUUUGAUCCAUACUUGUUAAGAUAAAGGUUGCCAUAACUAAGUGACGUAUAUUUUUUAGAAUAACUGUUGUCUGGGUAUUAUGGCAUUUUUACGUAUUAUUCAAAAUUUAAGAAUAAACUAUUUAAUUAUA